CAUCCACAUUUUUCCUCCAUCCCUACAAAAUCUUUAAUAUAUAUAAAUAGAUACAAGACCAAAAACUCUCCCAAUUCUUCAUCUCUGGUGUACUUCCUUCAAUUGUCAUGGCCAGAUUUCUUUUCAACCUCCACCUAUUCAUUAUCAUCUUCCUUUUCUUCGUACUGGUUGUCUCUGCAAAGACCCACCGAUCCCCACAAAUGCCGCGGCCCGCUGUUGGGUUCGGAAAAGAGAAGAUAAGCCAUCUAAACUUCUACUUUCAUGACAUCCUGAGCGGUCCCAAACCAACAGCCGUGCCAGUAGCCGCUGCAGCAUCCACAAAAAAAUCACCCACAUUCUUCGGCGCCGUGGUGAUGACUGACGACCCAUUGACAGAAACGCCUGACCCGAAGUCGAAGCUUUUUGGAAGAGCUCAGGGGUUCUAUGCGUUCGCGUCGCAGGAGGAUCUUAGCCUUUUAAUGGCCAUGACUUUCGCAUUUGUUGACGGAGAGUACAACGGGAGCUCACUCGGUAUACUUGGGAGGAACACGGUCUUAUCGAAGGUGAGGGAAAUGCCAGUAGUGGGAGGGAGUGGGCUUUUUCGCUUUGCUCGAGGAUAUGCCCAGGCCCACACACACGCCUUUAAUGUUACGUCUGGUGAUGCUGUUGUGGAGUAUAACGUCCGUGUCAUCCAUUACUGAUAGCUUUUU